AUGGCGGAAAUUCAGUAUUAUCGUCACGGUCGCUUCCGCGUUGCAGGCGGUAUUUUGCCCGAUGCAAUUACUGCUUACUGUACGUAUGGAGACCCUGCUAAUCCCUGCAUCGUCUUUCCUACCUGUUACGGGGGAAAACUCGACAAUGUCUUGUUCGAUUUCAUUGAAUCAUCGUUACUUGAGGUCCUUGAUCCGAAAAAAUAUUACAUCGUCACGUUCGCACUGUUUUCCAACGGCGAGUCUUCGUCUCCGUCUAACACGGACCGCAGCCGCGCUCAAUACAUAGUCAUGACACAGAAGCUUUCCAUCAAACAAGUCUUUUGUGUAGUGGGGUUUUCUAUGGGCGGUCAGCAGGCGUAUUACUGGCCUGUUAUGUAUCCAGAUUUCGUCCAGAGUUUCCUCGAGGGUCCCAAGGCUGCUCUAGUCGCAUCUAAGGACUUCGAUAACGGACAUUAUGUUACAACUCCUCAACAUGGCAUCCGGGCCUUUGGGCGUGCCUACAGUGCAUGGGCUUACGGCCAGACGUGGUUCCGGGAAGAACGAUACUUAUACGAUGGAAUGUAUCCGGACCUUCAAGUCUUCCUUCGCGAAGAGUGGGAGGCUGGCUUCCUGAACGGCUGGGAUGCUAAUGACUUAAUCACUCUACUUCAUACUUGGCAAAACGGGGAUGUUUCACAAAUCCGACAUGAAGGAGAUCUGGAAAAAUGCUUAAGCGAGAUCAAAGCGAAAGGCUUGGUCAUGCCCUGCAAAACCGAUCUUUACUUUCCGCCUGAAGAUAGCCGAUUUGAGAUCUCGUGCUUGAAAAACGCCAGGCUUUUUGUUAUUGAUUCGAUUUGGGGCCACAUGGCUGGUGGAGGAUCUAAUGCUCAAGAUGAUGAUGUUCUACAGAAUGAAAUCAGGAAGUUCCUUGACGAACUUUGAGUGUGUUUUCCUUAUUCGAAUGUGGUUCUUCAAGCACAUUGUAUUGAAUAGCUUGGGAGAAAUUUGGCAUGCACAGUUUAUCCAUCGUGUCUUAUCUAUCUAUGCCUGAAUAUUUAUGAUCUUUUAACUCUCACGUU